AAACUCUCUCCCCUUAACCCUUCCUUGCCCGACUGGGAGAGAGCGUUUGCUCCUUUGGCCUCUCCCUCCUCCUCCUCCUUCUGGUGAGCCUUAUUCACAGACCUCCUCCAAAAGGAAAUGUGAUUGUUGGCUGAGAAUUUUGGAGUAGAGCCUGUUCAGUUGAGAGAAGAGGGAGGAAAAGCUUCUUUGAUACAAUUUGGUUCUUCAUCAGAGUGGUUCCAACAUGGAAAGACCCAGCUCACCUAGACUUGAAACAGACUGGGUCCCCGGGAGCACUGGAGAAUUCUGGGAAAGAACUACACAGACAUUCCUGAACAUACACAUACAGCGCCAGCGCUUCAGGCAGUCCUCCUACCGAGAGGGCGAGGGACCCAGAGAGGUUUGCAGCCGCCUCCACGAUCUCUGCCGCCAGUGGCUGAAGCCAGAGCAACACACCAAGGCUGAGAUGCUGGACCUGGUGAUCCUGGAGCAGUUCCUGAGCCUCCUGCCCCCAGAGAUGGGGAGCUGGGUCCGAGAGUGUGGGGCAGAGACCUCUUCCCAGGCGGUGGCCCUGGCGGAAGGCUUCCUCCUGAGUCGGGCAGAGGACAAGAGGCAGGAAGAACAGACCCAAAAUAUCUGCACUGGUGCCCACCUAGAUGUCUCUGAAUCGGAGAAACCACCAUCAGACGCCACCCAGAGUCUCAGGCAGAUGGAGCUCAAGCAGGAAGAAGAUGGGACUACAACAUUGGAGAGAGCUAGAAUGAUGUUGUUGCUGAAUCCUCAGUUGUUUCUUCCCCUUUGUGAUGGAGUGGAACUGAAUCAGGGCCCAAUCGCUUUUGAGGACGUGGCUGUCCAUUUCUCCCUGGAGGAGUGGGCUCUCCUGAAUCCUGGUCAGAAAGUCUUGCACGUGCAGAUCAUGGAGGAGAUUCGUGGGAUUGUGGACUCUCUUGUAGAUAAUGGGGAGAAGAGCAAUGUAUGCACCCAACGCAGGAAGUAUUUGGUAGACAACGGGGGACUUCAUAGACACCACCAAACCCACAGUGAAGAUCAAGAUUCUGUCAGAGAAAGGCCCUACAAAUGUAAUGUAUGUGGACAAUGUUUUACCCAAAAUGUGGCACUUGUGCUUCACAAGACACUCCUUGAUGGGAAAAGCCAUCUUAAAUGGAAAGUAUCAGCAAAUUGUGUGGUUGAUUACAAAUUGCCAGAUCUAUGCCAACAAGAAAUCUUUGAAGGAACCGAGGAUUUCUUAAGCCAGGAGUAUGGGAAAUCUUUUAUCCAGAGUUCACACUUAGUGAAACAUGAGACAUUUCACACAGCGCAGGAACCAUACAGAUGCCAGGAGUGUGGGAAGUGUUUUGCUUACAGUUCAGACUUGGUGAGCCACAAAAGACAGCACACAGGAGAAAGGCCAUACCAAUGCCAGGAAUGUGGGAAAUGUUUUGCUGACCGUUCAGACUUGGUGAGGCACAAAAGACUCCACACCGGAGAGAAGCCAUACCAAUGCCAGGAAUGCGGGAAAUGUUUUGCUUACAGUUCAAACUUGGUGAGGCACAAAAGACUCCACACCGGAGAGAAGCCAUACCAAUGCCAGGAGUGUGGAAAAUGUUUUGCUGACAGUUCACGCUUGGUGAUCCACAAAAGACUCCACACCGGAGAGAAGCCAUACCAGUGCCAGGAGUGUGGAAAGUGUUUUGCUGACAGUUCUCACUUGGUGAGCCACAAAAGAGUCCACACAGGAGAGAAGCCAUCCCAAUGCCAGGAGUGUGGAAAAUGUUUUGCUGACAGUUCAGCCUUGGUGAGCCACAAAAGACUCCACACAGGAGAGAAGCCAUACGAAUGCCAGGAGUGUGGAAAAUGUUUUGCUUACAGUUCAAACUUGAUGAGGCACAAAAGACUCCACACCGGAGAGAAGCUAUACCAAUGCCAGGAGUGUGAGAAAUGUUUUGCUGACAAUUCACACUUGGUGAGCCACAAAAGACUACACACAGAAGAAGAACCAUACAAAUGCAAGAAAUGUGGGAAAUGUUUUGCUAACAGUUCAGACUUGGUGAGCCACAAAAGAUUCCAUACAGGAGAGAAGUCACCCCAAUGCCAGGAGUGUGGGAAAUGUUUUGUUUACACUUCAGCUUUGGUGAGCCACAAAAGGCUUCACACAGGAGAGAAGCCAUACCAGUGCCAGGAGUGUGGGAAAUGUUUUGCUUGCAGUUCAAACUUGAUGAGGCACAAAAGACUCCACACAGGAGAGAAACCAUACCAGUGCCAGGAAUGUGGGAAAUGUUUUGCUUGCAGUUCAAACUUGGUGACACACAAAAGACUCCACACAGGAGAGAAGCCAUACCAAUGCCAGGAUUGUGAGAAAUGUUUUACUCAGACUUCAUCCCUUAACAAGCACCAGAAAAUACACACAGGCUAAAAAAAAAACAUACAAAUGCCAGGCAUAUGGGAAAUGUUUUUGGGGUUCAUACCUGUCAGAGACUAUAUAUAGGAGAGACAUCAUCCAGAGAGCUGGGACAAAAUUAAUAAAAUGUCUUAAGUUUGUAUCAAUUUUAAUAUAAUUUUAUUUCACGUUUAUGUUUUUAUGCCUAAGGCACUGCACAAGUGCCGUUUGUAAGCCUCCUUGAGGCCCUGUCGGGUUAGAGAAAGGUGGGAUAUAAAUAUGGUAAAUAAAUAAUAAAAUGUGUUGCAACAGCGAAA